CAUCAUAUUUCUAGGGUAUCAUGUGUACUGUAUUUGGCGACUUAAAUGGACCACAGAAAUUGUUGUAAACACAACAAUUGAUUGAAAUGAUGUCUAAAGCAGUAUUUUACCAAUUAUUAGCAUCAAACGCAAGAAAACGAGCCUUCCUACUAUAUAGUAGAGUACCUUACAGAUGCCUAAACACCGACUAUAUUACCUCUGAAGGUGGUAUUUCCAUGAGAGAUUAUACACCAGAGAAAGUUAGGAAUUUUUCAAUUGUUGCGCAUAUCGAUCAUGGCAAAAGUACAUUAGCAGACAGACUGCUCGAGACAACUGGAACCAUUGCGAAGACACCAAAAAACAAACAAGUCUUGGAUAAACUUCAGGUGGAAAGAAACCGCGGUAUCACUGUAAAAGCACAAACUGCUUCCCUGUUUUAUGAAUAUCAAUGUAAUAAGUAUCUUCUUAAUCUCGUUGAUACUCCAGGUCAUGUUGAUUUCAGUUAUGAAGUCUCGCGAUCUCUUACGGCUUGUCAAGGCGUCAUACUCCUUGUUGAUGCAACCAAAGGUGUUCAAGCGCAAACUAUCGCUAACUACGACAAGGCAUUUGAUGCAAACUUAACAAUAAUUCCUGUUAUAAAUAAGAUAGAUGUUGCAUCUUCUAGAGCUAAAGACGUUUCACAACAAAUUGAAAGUGUAUUUGGAAUAAAAAAGGAUGAGAUAAUCCACAUUUCUGCAAAAGAAGGUUGGGGGAUUGAUAGUUUGCUUGGGACAAUCAUAGAAAGGCUCCCUUGUCCAUUGGAUAAGUCUGAGCUACCUCUGAGUUGCCAAGUGAUAGACUUAUGGUUUGAUAAUUACCGUGGUAUAAUAUUGUUAGUAGCUGUCACUCAAGGAAAGAUAAAAAAAGGCGACAGUGUUAUGAUAUCAACAAAAAAAUAUGAAGUCCUUGAUGUAGGAAUCUUGCAUCCUGAUGAGACAACAACUGGAGUGUUAUGUGUUGGACAUAUUGGUUAUAUAGUGACAGGAAUGAAGGCUUUUAAUGAAGUGAAGAUUGGUGAAAUGCUGACUCAAGUUGGUCAUACCAUGCCAACAAUGAACAAUUGUCCUACGAAAUCAAUGGUUUAUGCAGGUUUCUACCCUAUGAACCAAUCAGAUUUUCUCAAUCUACGUAACGCUGUUGAAAAACUAACAUUGAAUGAUGCUAGUGUUAGUGUUUCUUAUGAUAGCAGUGUUGCUUUAGGUCAAGGUCUAAGACUUGGAUUCCUAGGUGUGCUUCAUAUGGAAGUGUUUGGUGAAAGAUUACAACAUGAAUACGAAAUGCCAGUUGUGGUAACCUCUCCCAGUGUUCCUUACAAAGCAAUACUAAAAGGACAGAAACCCAAGGAAAUUUAUAUUGUGAAUGCAGCCGAAUUUCCAGACAUCUCUAAGGUGGAAAUGUUUUUAGAACCGAUGGUACUAGGAACAAUAAUUUUACCCGAGAUUUACUUAGGAAAAGUACUUAGUCUUUGUCAGAAAUGCAGAGGGAAGCAAGAGGAUAUGGUUUACAUUGAUCAAUCGCGUCUUAUGCUAAAGUAUACUUUCUCAUUGAGUGAAAUAAUUUUAGAUUUCUAUGACCAAUUGAAGAGUUGCACUUCAGGUUAUGCCAGUUUUGACUACAAUGAUGCAGGCUAUGAACCCACAAGAUUGGUGAAGUUGGAGAUUAUAAAUGGCGAUGUUGUUGAUGAGCUGAGUACAGUGGUACAUGUGGAUAAAUCAGUACAGUUAGGGAAAUCCAUUGCGAGGCUACAACAACUGUUAUCUAGGCAAUUGUUCGAGGUGGCUAUCCAAGCUAAAGUUGGUGGAAAGAUUAUUGCACGUCAGAGUCUCAAAGCUCUUAGAAAGGAUGUAACUGCAAAAUUGUACGGUGGGGAUAUGACAAGAAGACGCAAGCUUCUUGAUCAACAAAACAUGGUAAAAGAAGAUGAGAAAACUUGGGAAGAUUGAUGUUCCUCAAGAGGUCUUUCAGUCUUUAUUUAGGAAAUAACUGAUGUAAAACUAUAGCAAUUACCAAAUGAACUAUGAAAAAUGGUGCAAUCUAAAAAAUUUACAUCUA